CGCAAAAGCAAAUUGAACGGUUGUAGGUUAAUAGUUAAAAAAUAAGAUUUGUGAAUUUCGGCACUUCAAGAUUUAAAAGAAAGGUCAGCCAACUUUUGUAUUUACAAAUACUUUAAAUUGUCCUAACAUGGCUGAUGAUGAUGAUGUCAAGGAAUACCGUUGGGAAACUGGUUAUGAAAAAACUUGGGAGGCUAUACAAGAAGAUGACCAAGGUAAUUUGGAAGCUUCUGUUGCUGAAAUCAUUCAGCGUGCCAAACGCAAAGCACAAAUGGAAAGAAAAGGACAUACUAGAUUGGGUAUGAUGAGACAUAUGUAUAUCAUUCUUGAUGCUUCUGAAGCUAUGCACGAUCAGGACCUUAAACCUACCAGACAACUAUUUAAUGGAAGGCUUUGUUGAAGAGUUCUUAUAUGAAAAUCCUCUCAGUCAACUUGGAUUUAUUCUAAGCAGGAAUAAACGUGCAGAAAAGAUCACAGAACUAUCUGGUAAUUAUAAAAAACAGCUGGAAGUUUUAAAAAGUAACUUUGGUCAACCAAAUAGUUGUAGUGGAGAGCCUUCGUUACAAAAUGCUUUGGAAUUGGCUCUUUCAUCCUUGAAGCACAUGCCAAGCCACGCUAUCAGGGAAGUACUCGUUAUCAUGGGUAGUUUAACUACUUGUGAUCCUGGUGACAUUAAUAUUACAAUUCAGAAGUUGAAAACUGCUAGUAUUAGAGCAUCUCUUAUAGGUUUGUCUGCUGAUGUAAGACUUUGUAAGUCAUUAUGUAUGACUACUGGAGGGGAUUACGGUGUAGUUCUAGAUGAUGUUCAUUUCAAACAUCUGUUAUCAACACAUGCUUUACCCCCACAAGCUGCUGCAGAACAUAGUAGCAGUGCCCUUGUAAAGAUGGGGUUUCCUCAUCAUGCUCCGACGGACAACAAGACUAGUUAUCUUGCAAUGUGCAUGUGUCAUUUAGACAGUGAGGAAGGGAGCAAGUUAGACGGUGGUGGAUAUUUAUGUCCGCAGUGCAGAAGCAAGUACUGUGAGCUUCCUGCAGAAUGUAAAGUCUGUGGUUUAACUCUGGUCUCAGCUCCUCAUUUGGCCAGAUCCUACCAUCAUCUCUUUCCUGUUCAACCAUUUACACUGAUUCCUAUUGAUCAAAAUCGAACACCAUCAUGCUUUGGUUGUCGUGUACAGUUCAAAACUAUUGAUAAACAGGUUUACAAAUGUGAAAAAUGUUGUGAGGUGUUCUGUUUAGACUGUGACAUGUUUAUUCAUGAUACCCUACAUACCUGCCCAGGAUGCUCAACAAAUCAACAGACGUACCAAACCCUUUCGUCCGAAUCUUAGCCUUAGGAAAUAGUACAAAUAGUAACUGUUUAGUUUUUUAUGAAUAAUUUAUUUUUAGCUCUGAAUAAUUGUUUUAUAUUAGAGAAAAAAUUUAUAUCUUCUGUUUGUGAUUUGUUUGAUUGAUGUAAAUAUGUAUUUAUAAUAUUUUAUACUAUUUGUACGUUUUAUAUUAUUUUUUAAUAUAAAAUUUUUAUAUAUUAUUUUUUUAAGUUAC